ACUUCAACGACUAUAAAUGGCGUUAGGCACCAACAGGGGGUACAGUUCACUGCUCCAAGCACCCCUGUUCACAACUCAACAAACAAAAUGGCUUUCAAGUUGGUGGUCUUCUCUUGCCUUGUUGCCGUGGCUUACGGCAGCGUCGCCCCGGCGGCCAUCGCGGCGGCUCCCGUCGCCUACGCCGCCCCCGCGGUCGCCGCACGCCUCGAGGAGUUCGACCCCUUGCCGCAAUACCGGUUCGGCUACGACGUCGCCGACUCUCUCACCGGUGACUACAAGAGCCAGCAGGAGCAACGCAACGGCGACCUCGUCCAGGGCUCAUACUCCUUGGUGGACCCCGACGGCACCCGCCGCACUGUCGACUACGCUGCCGACUCCGUCAACGGUUUCAACGCUGUAGUGCGCAAAGAACCUCUGGUCGCCGCCGCUCCCGCUGUAGUCGCCGAGCCCGCCGUGGUUCCAGCUCGCCUUGCCGCCGCUCCCGUUGCCCAACCUGCCGUAUACGCUGCCAACUACGCCGUCGCUCCCGCUGCCGCCCCUGUCGCCGUCGCCUCUGCGAGAUACACCGCCACUCCCUACUUUGCCCGCUACGCCGCAGCCCCCGCCCCCGUCGCCGCUGCCGCUGCCUACUCCACCGGUCCUGUGUUCGCUCGCUAUGCCGCCGCGCCCGUUGCCGCUCCAGUCGUAGCGGCCCGUUACGCCGCUCCAGUCGUAGCGGCCCGUUACGCCGCUCCGGUGGCGGCGGCGGCGCCAGUCCCAGCUGCGUAUGCCGCGUACUCCGCUCCAGUAGCAGCAGCGUACACAUCGUAUGCUGGUCCUUUCGCCUACAACGCGCCAGUGGCUGCGGCCUACACCGCCCCAGUGGCAGCGGCCUACACCGCCCCAGUGGCAGCAGCCUACACCGCCCCAGUGGCGGCGGCCUACACCGCUCCCGUGGCGGCCGCCAACGUGUACGCGGCGCCCGCGCGGCUGGCCGCAGCGCCCGCGCCCGUGGCCGCCCCGGUGCGCGCCGCUCCCGCCAAGAUCGUGGAGCCCUUCGUCGUCUUCAGCUGCCUGGUCGCUGCGGCCUGCGCGGGCAUUGUCCCUACCGGUCACGUCGCCUACUCCGCUCCCCUGUCGUACGCCGCUCCCGUGGCCUACGCCGCCCCGAUCGCUAAGGUCGCGGCCGUCGCACCCGUCGCCAAAGUAGUCGAAGCCUACGACUCUCACCCUCAGUACAGCUUCUCCUACGACGUCCAGGACGGUCACACCGGAGACUCCAAGAGCCAGCACGAGACCCGCGACGGUGAUGUCGUCAAGGGCUCCUACUCUGUGGUGGACCCCGAUGGUACCAAGCGCACUGUGGAAUACACCGCUGACCCCCACAACGGUUUCAACGCCGUCGUGCACAAGGAAGCCCUCGCCGUGAAAGUCGCCGCCCCCGUCGCCUACGCCGCUCCCGUCGCCAAGACUGUGGCUUACGCCGCGCCCGUCGCUAAGUACGCUGCUCCUGUAGCUUACGCCGCCGCCCCCGUGGUCCACUCUGCUCCCGUGGUCCACUCCGCCCCAGUUUACCACUCCGCCCCCGUCGCCUACCACUCCGCCCCCGUCGCCUACCACUCGGCCCCCGUUGCCUACUCCGCUCCCCUCUACCACCACUAAGUCAAUUGAUUUUAUAGACAACUUUGAAUGCCAUAAUGUAAAUAAAUUAUUAUUUAUUUAAA